GCUAUGCAGCUGGAGGCUACUUGAUGCGAAGAGGACUGUGGUGAGGUGGUGCGGUGACUGCUCACUUUGGAUUCGGACCCAUGAUCUGUUCAUGCACGCAGGAACAGAUCAGCCACGUGGGCCCAGCUGUGGGCCUCGCUCCACUACUCACCACAUGCAUAAAACACGUCUGGGCCCUGGCUGCCCACGGACCGGGGCUAGGGCUUUGCCUGAACUCCAGCCACGUGGGGUAACCGAUGCUCCGUAUGGCCGGUGAAACUUCGCACGUGGACGGUCGUUAGCGUCCUUAUAUAGUCAGAUCUUCGCCAACCACGUUGGCUUGUUUGCCGGCAACUUCCUUGCAAUGCGGCUAAGUAAGGCCAUCGAUCUACCGUAUUCGGCCUAGGUAGCCAGUGUGGAUCUUGCUUUGCCUGGCGUUGCCUUGCCUUGCCUGAAGUCGCGAACGGAAGCAGUUAGGUUCACGGCGUGACUAGGUUGCAAGACGUGCAACCAGGACGAAGCCAAUCAUUGGAGGUUGGGCAUUCCAUCCAGCUAUCAAUCUGCGACGUGUCGAUCUCCGGACAUGACCACAGGUAAUGACGAGUAAUGCAGUGAUUAUCAACGGGCGAACCGACUAUCCAUGUUUUGUAAUUACUACAUAAUAAUUACUACACCGUCAACCUUCAUACGUAUCAUUAGCUGCUGAAAGGUCUUGACAAGAUACGAUAGCCGGCUUGCGUGUUGGCCAACACCCCCAGGAUCUCACAAUCUGAUCACGAACCCCACCCGCGAUCUCACAAUCCAAUCGCUCGAGCGGGAGGCGAAGAAACAGAACGGGGCAAAGCACCUUGUGAAAGUUUGGAUCAUCGCCGAGUGAUCUCACGAGGAGGCGGCGAAGGAGGAGGAAAUGUACGGGCGGGGUUCUGCCGGUCGAGGCGAUGGGAGGGGUUCUGCCGGUCGAGGCGGCGGCGGGUGGGGACGAGGAGCGGGCGGGGGUUUUCUCGGCGGUGGAAAUGCGGUCGUUGGCGGGGGGGCGGGAGCGGAGUUCGUCAGUCGCCGUGUAACUAUGGUCAACGGAGGGAUGAAUACUCCAGCAGGGAUGACAACGAAUCGGGCGCCAAUCACUCUAGACGCACGAUUUGCACAGCUGGCGCAAAGGCGGGUGUCGGAGGCGAGGGGAGCACAGCAACAACAGCAACAACAACAGCAGUAUCAGCAGAUCAAUCAAAACCUCAGGCGGCAGGAAUCCUCACAGAGAGUCGUCGAGGCGCGCAAUGCGGCGAUAACCGCCAUGAGACGAGGCGGCACGUUUCCGCAACAGCAGCCAAUUGCCAACGGGAAUGCUACUACCACAGGUGGGGUUUUUGGGAGAUUAGGGAGAGGAGCAGGUGGGCGGGGAAUGGGAGUUAGUGGAGGUGGAGGUGGAGGUGGAGCAGGUGGGUGGGGCUUGGGAGGUAGUGCAGGUGGAGGUGGAUUCGGGGGAGGGCGUGGUUUAGGACCUGGUAGAGGAGCAGGACGGGGAGUCGCUGGACAGUUCUCGGCUGGAUAUGGCGGGGGUCGUGGGACAAGAUACAAUGGGCUUGUGGACCAGGCGGCCAUAGCUGCCUCUUUUGGGUUAGGUCCUAAAGAUCAGUUCCGCCAGUGGGGGCGUGGCGGAAGAGGAGCGGGGGGAUUUGGUGGGGGAACGGGUGGCAGAGGGCGAGGAAGAGGAAGGGGUUGGGGUCGGGGAGGGCAAACCGUAUCAAAGGAGGAUCUCGAUAAAGACCUAGACAGCUACAUGCAAGCUACAGAGGCCGGGGCUAACGGUAAUGUUGGAGAAAAGGUGGCGGCCAUGGAGGAGUGAGUAAUAUUACAGUAUUAUCUCGAUGACAAAAGGAGGAAAGAAUCAUGCACAGAUGAGCGUGAGGGGCAAAAGUAUCGAAUGCAGGCAGCGAUGGAUGGGAGUUAGGGAGGGAAAGUCGAGGUGUGUAGAGUAGAAGGCGGUUUCCCGCCGGGUGGGAUGUAGGUCGAAACCUCCCCCCCGUCGUACGUAUCAUGUAUCUGAUCGUGCCUCUUUGGUGCUCUCCUCGUCCCUUGUUCUUGUCUCUUCUCAUACCAGUUGUACCUGAGAAUGACGGUAUGCAUAGUGGGAGAGAGUUGUACAUCCAUAGUACCACUCGAGGUGGUGGUAGGAGUACACGAGAGGUUGGGAGGAGUGUAAUCGACUACGGCGGGGGAGUCGUGUCGGUAGAGGAGGAGAAGCAGAUAUGUUGCUCUGUCGCUGGCAUGGUGGCUGUAUGCGGGGAGGGGGCGCGGGGAGGAGGGUGGUUGUGGGGCAAAUGGAUGGGUAGGAGGAGAAAGGAGGCUGUUUUGACGGGUUUGUGAGCGCACAACUAAGCUCGCUCUUUCACAGACAGAUUCGGCUGUAACGAUGGCCAUGUAAUGUGCAAGUGCUAAUGGCGGGUGAUUCGUCCGUCCAUUUAUUUUUUGUAUUUUCCUCUCUCUCGCUCUCGCUCUCGCUCUCGCUCUCGCUCUCGCUCCGUGGCUCCUCGUUUUCCCAGAAUGAUGGUGACGCUGAUCAAAUUUGAACGGCCGUUGUCCGUCUGCCUGCUCGCCACUCCCUUUUUCGGCGGGCGAUGCUCGGUUGCUUUUUUUAAUUUUAUUUUUUAUUUUUUAAAAGGCUCUCGGUUGCUCAGUUUCAUGUUCUAGAACUGUUUUUUCUUGUUAUUCCCGUAGGUACCACUCUGCGGGCAGCUAACUGCCGUCGAUUUACGUAGGUUUUCAAGGCUCUCGUCCUGGGCAAGCUCCUUUGUAGAGGGUACGAGCUGGGGCAGUCGGCCUUUGUUUGCGGCGGGCAGGGGUCGUCGUAUGCCAGGGUCGUGUAGUGUGCGCACACGAGUGAUAUGUAUGGGGCCUUUUUUAAUCUUCGGAUUCAUGGUCCUGGGGUACUCACCUGGCUGUGCUGCUGUCGGCAGAUCCACGUGUCAGGUGCCACGUGGAGCUCUGCCUCGAUGGCGCACAUCAGUCGAUAGGAGGGAGGUUUUGAGAUCAUCCCCGAGUGUACGGGACACGCGAACUCCAGCUUACAGUGGCGUGGCCUGCUAGCGGCCGUGACGAACUCCAGCUUACAGUGGCGUGGCCUGCUAGCGGCCGUGAGAACAGCAGCAACGGAACGGAGGGCAAAUUUUGUUUCUGGAUGGAAUUCUCUUCUUGGAUCAAUUCUAUUCCUGGAUCAAAUCCUGGUCCUGGAUCAAUUGUAUUCCUGGAUCUGCUGGGUAGGUGGCGCGUUAAAUGUCAUAAUUGCGUGAUCAAGGUGAACCUCCGUGAAUGCUAGUUUGUUAGUGGUAAGAAAAAAUGCUUACGUCGAAGGAAAUGCUACCAAACUCACGUAUCAUCUGCUAAGAGGGAAAGGGCACCAUGUUGGAGGACCACAAUGACGAUGACGAUGGCGAUGACGAGGAGAGGUUUAGUGGAAGAAAGGGUGUUUGAGGAAAGGGGAGGAGUUUUGCGUAGGGGAGCUGGUUGCAAAGGGCGGGGGAGGAGGGGUUGAGGUUUUUCGGGAUAUCGAAUCUUGUGAGAGCAGGACCCCGCCGAUGAUUUUUGUUUGGGUAAGGGGGAAAAAGAGCGUGUCUGAUCUCCAAUCCAAGCGUCUGACCUGAGGACGUGGGGUGACACGCGUAUUUCUGUCAUUCUGUUUUGUCCUGAUGGGGGAUAAGGAGGUGGUGAAAGCAAUACGGUCGUUACGAACGCGCGUUAUGAAAACU